AUCGAAUGUACAACCGGUACAUAACUAUAUUGUUUUCUAACAUUCGUAUAUAUACUUCAGGUUUUAUUUUUGACAGGUUGGUGACAUGUCCUGUAGUGACGAAAGUGAUUCAGACGUAAAUGAUAUGUCAAAGUUACAAAUAAGUGUAACUAGGGAUACUUCCGACAAACAGAUAGAUCAGAAUGUUAUCAAUGAGGAAAUUAAAAAAAGGCGUAUGUCGGUAUUUGCAGAGCAUGAUAUAGUGAUAAAAAUAGCAAACACAAAACUGCACGUGAACAAGGAUCAACUGAUUGCUGAGUCGCCAGUGUUUGAAAAAAUGUUAGCAAAACAAUCAAAAGAAAAAGAUCAACAGGAAAUAGAAUUGGAUGGAAAAAACCUUAAUGAUUUUGUUGACUUCCUAAGGUGUACAUUACCCGGAACUGAUGAUCAAAUGACAGACAAAAUAGUACAUUUAGUCACUCCGCUUGCAGAUGAAUAUCAGACAACAAAAACGCUACUAAAGGCAGACGAUUUCCUUUCAAACAAAAGCAGACAACUUGGUGAUAGAAUUAGUUCUCAACAGGUUAUCUCAAAUAUAUUACAGGCUGAAUCACACAACCUUACAUCGUAUCUAGAAGAAUCAAUUGCAAUUGCGUCGAGGAAAUUGUUUAAUAGAUUGGUAGCUAAUCCAAAAUUUAAGGAAAUUAGUUCUGAAACGAGGAUGAAAAUUGCACUCAAACGUUGGAGCGACGUCGAUCAAGUUUUUGAAUCGUCUGGUAAUACUCAGGGAAUAACAGAGAGUACUGACUUUUACAAACCUUACCAAAUGCCAGUAUUUGCUUCUUCAACGGUGGGGGGUCUAUAUCAACAUGACCAAGCAAGGUCUUCUAUAGGGCAAACCAGUUUUCCUUUUGGUGUACAACGUAGCAAUGUUCCGACUCCAGACUUAAAUUUCAACCUUAAACAAUUCAUGCAACGUAAUUAGCUUCAGUUA